CACACAGAUGACAUGUCAGUCGCUCAGUCGGUGGCCUUGUCGUUUGAUGACCCGGCGACCAGUGAUGUGAAGAUUGCAUUGGAAGGGAAAAUCAUUCAUGUUCACAAGGUCAUACUGAAGAUUAGAUGUGAACAUUUUCGAUCAAUGUUUCAAUCUCACUGGGAGCAGGAUGGAAAAGACGUAAUUGAGAUAUCACAGUUCACAUAUCCAGUGUACAGGGCCUUCCUGCAGUUCUUGUACACAGACAGGAUAGACCUGUCACCGGAGCAUGCUAUAGGUUUGCUGGACUUAGCUAACUCGUACUUGGAGAAACGGUUGAAAGCUUUGUGUGAGCGAACCAUCAUGCAAGGAAUCACCGUGGCGAAUGUUGCGAUGCUGUACGCUGCUGCCAUCCAGUAUGAAGCAAAGGAACUCGAGGAGUUUUGCCUGCGAUUCGCAGUCAAUCACCUGACUGCCGUCACCCAAUCAGAGGCGUUUGCUGAACUUGACGAGGCAACGCUAAAACGUUUCAUACAGCGCGCCGCCACGCAGGGAGCCUUCAGGUGUUGAACAACAGUAGAGGGCGUCCAUAGGCUGCAGG